AUGUCCCAACUGGGGUCACAUGUCAUUGCUGCCGUGGAGCUACAGUGGAACAUGGUGACGAACUGAGAGUCGACUGAGAGCCAGCGGCAGGACCGGGUGCGGACGGCCAUCCCUCCACCCCCCCGGAGCCAUGGACACGAAAGACCGGCGGAACCGCUCUCUCACCCGCAGCCGGUGCGGGAAGGAGUUGCACUACACCUCCUCAUCUCUGGACAGCGAAGACUGCCGCGUCCCGACGCAGAAGUCCUACAGCUCCAGCGAGACGCUCAAGGCCUACGACCACGACUCCCGCCUACACUACGGGGGCUGCGUGGCCGAUCUCGUGCACCACGAGGCCGACGAGUAUUCCCGACAAGCUGGGAACUUCCGGCUGGCCGAGCUGGGCGUGUGCGAGCCGGCGCCGCACCAGAGCGCCUACUGCUCGGACCUGGGCCUGCUGCACCGCGGCUACUCCCUGAGCGCCGGCUCGGACGCCGACUCGGACCCGGAGGGCGCCAUGUCCCCGGAUCGCGCCAUCCAGCUGUGGGGCGGCCACGGGGUCAAGUCCCGCCGCAGCUCGGGCCUCUCUAGCCGGGAAAACUCGGCCCUGACGCUCACGGACUCCGACAACGAGAACAAGUCCGACGAAGACGCAGGUCCUCCCAACCACCACAGUGCGUCGACCCUGCGGCCGCCGUUGCCCCCGCCCCACAACCCCCAGACGCUGUCUCACCACCACUCCUCCGCUAACUCGCUGAACCGCAACACGGCGGGCGGCCGCCGCAACCCCGCCCACGCGCCCACCUCCGCCCCGGGCGACGGGCCCACCACGCCCGAGUCCGUGCAGCUCCAGGACAGCUGGGUGUUGAACAGCAACGUGCCGCUGGAGACACGGCACUUCCUCUUUAAGACGUCGUCCGGGACGACGCCCCUGUUCAGCAGCUCCUCGCCGGGGUAUCCCCUCACAUCGGGGACGGUGUACUCACCCCCGCCACGGCUGCUGCCGCGGAACACCUUCUCCCGGAGCGCCUUCAAGCUCAAGAAACCGUCCAAGUACUGCAGCUGGAAAUGUGCCGCCGUGUCGGCCAUCGCCGCCGCCGCCCUGCUGGCCAUCCUGCUCUCCUACUUCAUCGCAAUGAACCUCCUCGGACUCAACUGGCAGUUGCAGCCCGCCGACGGCCACGUCAUCAACAAUGGGCUGAGCUCCAGUCUGCCGGGGAGCAGCGACGUGGCCACCGUGUCCUCGGGAAGCAGAGGACCCUGGACCAUCCGCAACAGCAGCAUCGACACAGGGGACCUGGAGGUGGGCCGCCGUGUGACCCAGGAGGUGCCGCCAGGCGUGUUCUGGAGGUCUUUGCUGCACAUCAGUCAGCCGCAGUUCCUCAAGUUCAACAUCUCGCUGGGAAAGGACGCGCUCUUUGGGGUGUACAUCCGCAAAGGGCUGCCCCCAUCCCACGCCCAGUACGACUACAUGGAACGCCUGGACGGGAAGGAGAAGUGGAGCGUGGUGGAGUCUCCACGGGAGCGGCGCAGCGUGCAGACGGUUGUGCUCAACGAGGCCGUCUUUGUGCAGUACCUGGAUCCGGGCACCUGGCACCUGGCCUUCUACAAUGACGGCAAGGAGAAGGAGUCUGUGUCCUUCAGCACUGCUGUCCUGGACUCAGUGCAAGAAUGCCCCCGGAAUUGCCAUGGCAACGGCGAGUGCGUGUCAGGCGUGUGCCACUGCUUCCCAGGGUUCCACGGCAUGGACUGUUCUAAAGUCGCCUGCCCGGUGCUGUGCAGUGGGAAUGGACAGUAUGAAAAAGGCGCCUGCAUCUGCUACAGUGGCUGGAAGGGUCCCGAGUGCGACGUGCCCACCAGCCAGUGCCUGGACCCCCAAUGCGGCGGGCACGGCGCCUGCACGGACGGCACCUGCGUCUGCUCGCUGGGCUACAAGGGGGAGAGCUGCACCGAAGUUGACUGCCUGGACCCCACGUGCUCCGGGAACGGGAUCUGCGUGAGCGGGGAGUGCCACUGCAAGCCUGGCUGGGGGGGGCCACACUGCCAGCUCCCGCGGGCCCAGUGCCCCGACCAGUGCCACGGACACGGAGCCUUCGUCCCCGACACGGGCGUGUGCAGCUGUGACCCCAACUGGAUGGGCCCCGACUGCUCCGUGGAGGUGUGCUCGGUGGACUGCGGGACCCACGGCAUGUGCAUGGGCGGGGCGUGCCGUUGCGAGGAGGGCUGGACUGGCGCCGCGUGCGACCAGCGUGUGUGCAACCCACAGUGCGUCAAGCACGGCACCUGCAAGGAUGGCAAGUGCGAGUGCCAGCAGGGCUGGAACGGGGAGCACUGCACCAUCGACGGAUGCCCGAACCUGUGCAACGGGAACGGCCAGUGCACUCUGGGUCAGAACAGCUGGCACUGCGAGUGCCAGACUGGCUGGCGGGGCUCCGGCUGCAGCGUUGCCAUGGAGACCUCCUGCGCAGACAACAAGGACAACGAAGGAGACGGACUAACAGACUGCAUGGACCCAGAUUGCUGCAUCCAGAGCCCCUGUCAGAACAACCCGCUGUGCCGCGGAUCCCGGGACCCGCUGCAGAUCAUCCAGCAGGGCCAUGCGUCCGUCCAGAAAGUGAGGUCCUUCUACGAGAGGGUCAAGAUGCUCGUGGGCAGGGACAGCACCCAUAUCAUUCCGCAGAACCCCUUCAACGCCAGUCUGGCAUCUCUGAUUCGAGGGCAGGUUUUGACUACCGAUGGGACCCCUCUGGUCGGGGUCAAUGUGUCCUUUGUGAAGCACCCACAGUACGGCUACACCCUGACGCGCCAGGAUGGAACGUUUGAUCUGAUAGCGAACGGCGGGGCCUCCCUGACGCUGCACUUCGAGCGCGCUCCCUUCCUGAGCCAGGAGCGCACCGUCUGGCUGCCCUGGAACAGCUUCUAUGCCAUGGACACGCUGGUGCUGAAGACGGAGGAGAACACCAUCCCGGGAUGCGACCUGAGCGGCUUCGCCCGCCCUGACCCCGUGGUGGUGGCCUCACCUCUCUCCUCCUUCUACAGCUCCAGGCCCGGGGAGAAGCCCAUCAUCCCCGAGACUCAGGUGCUCCAUGAGCAGGUGGAGAUCCCAGGCACCAGUCUGAAGCUCAGCUACCUGAGCUCACGUGCACCGGGGUACAAGUCGCUGUUGAAGAUCACCAUGACCCAGGCACUGGUGCCGCUGAGCCUCAUCAAGGUGCACCUCAUGGUGGCCGUCGAGGGACACCUCUUCCAGAAGUGGUUCCACUCGUCACCCAACCUGGCCUACACCUUCAUCUGGGACAAGGCGGACGCCUACGGCCAGAGGGUGUACGGCCUCACGGUUUCUCUUGUGUCUGUGGGCUACGAGUACGAGACGUGUCCCACCCUCAUCCUGUGGGAGAAGAGGACGGCGGUGCUGCAGGGCUAUGAACUGGACCCCUCCAACCUGGGGGGCUGGUCCCUGGACAAACACCACGCCCUCAACGUCCGCAGCGGAAUCCUGCAUAAGGGCAGCGGGGAGAACCUCUUCAUGUCCCAGCAGCCCCCGGUCAUCACGAGCAUCAUGGGUAAUGGGCGCCGGCGCAGCAUCUCCUGCCCGAGCUGCAACGGCCUAGCGGACGGGAACAAGCUGCUGGCGCCCGUCGCCCUGGCAGCGGGCAUCGACGGCAGCCUCUACGUGGGUGACCUGAACUUCGUUGCGCAGGGUGUACCCCUCCUGAACACCACCAGCAUCCCUGGACCUGUUAAACGGGAAUUGCGGUGUGUGCCUCGCAGCAACAACCCCACACAUAAGUACUUCCUGGCGGUGGACCCGGUGUCUGGGGCCCUCUACAUCUCCGACACCAACUCGCGGCGGAUCUACCGCGUGCGCUCGCUGACCGGCGGCCGUGCUCUCGACAAUGCCGAGGUGGUGGCGGGGACGGGGGAGCAGUGCCUGCCCUUCGACGAGCGCUGCGGCGACGGCGGCAAGGCCGUGGAGGCCACCCUCAUGAGUCCGAAGGGCAUCGCGGUGGACAAGAACGGCCUCAUGUACUUUGUGGAUGCCACCAUGAUCCGUAAGGUUGACCAGAACGGCAUCAUCUCCACACUGCUGGGAGCCAACGACCUCACUGCCGUGCGACCGCUCAGCUGUGACACCAGCAUGGACGUCAGCCAGGUUCGUCUCGAAUGGCCGACCGACCUCGCCGUGAACCCCAUGGACAACUCACUCUACGUGCUGGAGAACAACGUCAUCCUGCGCAUCACUGAGAAUCACCAAGUGAGCAUCAUCGCGGGGCGGCCCAUGCACUGCCAGGUGCCCGGCAUCGACUACUCCCUCAGCAAGCUGGCCAUCCACUCGGCGCUGGAGAGCGCCACCGCCAUCGCCAUCUCGCACACCGGCAUCCUCUACAUCGCGGAGACAGAUGAGAAGAAGAUCAACCGCGUGCGCCAGGUGAGCACCAGCGGCGAGAUCUCCCUGCUGGCCGGCGCUGCCUCCGAGUGCGACUGCAAGAACGACGUCAACUGCAACUGCUUUGCGGGCGACGAGGGCUACGCCACGGACGCCAGCCUCAACUCGCCCGCCUCGCUGGCCGUGUCGCCCGACGGCACGCUCUUCAUCGCCGACCUCAACAACAUCCGCAUCCGGGCGGUGCGCGGUAACCGGCCGGGCCCCACGGCCACGGGCCACUACGAGGUGGCCUCUCCCCAGGAGCAGGAGCUCUACAUCUUCAGCGAAGAAGGACUUCACAUCCAGACGCUGAGCCUGGUCACCGGGGAGCCCCUUUACAACUUCUCGUACGGGCCGGACAGGGAGCUUUCUGCUGUCGUGGACAACUGUAAUAACACGAUGCGCGUUCGGAGGGAAGGUGUGGGACAGGGGGGCAGUGGGCUGCUGCGGCUCGUCCUGCUCCCCGAGAACCAGGUGGUGACGCUGGGCCUGGACCCAUCUGGAAGCCUGCGCUCCGUCUCCGCGCUCAACCAAGAAGUGGCGCUGCUGGGCUACACCGGGAACACGGGCCUGUUGGCCACCAAAGCUGACGAGACAGGCUGGACCAUCUUCUAUGAGUACGACAGCGAGGGCCGCCUGACCAACGUCACCUACCCCACAGGCAUGGUGACCAGCCUACACCGAGAGAUCGAGCGCUCCAUUAACGUGGACAUCGAGAGCUCCAACAGAGACGACGACGUGACCGUCAUCACAAACUUGUCGUCCGUGGAAGCUUCCUACACCGUGGUCCAAGACCAAGUGAGGAACAGCUAUCAGCUCUGCAACAAUGGUACCCUCAGGGUGAUGUACGCCAACGGAAUGGGAAUCAGCUUCCAUACGGAGCCCCACAUUCUGGUCGGUUCCGUCAGCCCCACCAUCGGGCGCCGCAACAUCUCCCUGCCCACGGACAAUGGCCUCAACUCCAUCGAGUGGCGGCUGCGUAAAGAGCAGACCAAGGGCAGGGUCACUGUCUUUGGGAGGAAACUAAGGGCUCACGGUAGGAACCUCCUCUCGAUCGACUUCGACCGGAACACUCGCACAGAGAAAAUCUACGACGACCACCGCAAAUUCACACUGCGCAUCAUGUAUGACGCGCAGGGCCGGCCUGCCAUGUGGCUACCCAGCAGCAGUUUGGCUGUGGUCAACGUGUCGUACUCAACCACAGGCCAGUUGGUGGGUCUGCAACGGGGCAGCAUGAGCGAAAGGACCGAGUUUGACCCUUUUGGGCGCAUUCUGUCCCGUUCCUUUGUCGAUGGAAAGGUCUGGAGCUACAGCUACUUGGACAAAUCCAUGGUCCUGCUUCUGCAGAGUCAAAGACAAUAUAUCUUUGAGUAUGAUGCCUCUGGACGUGUCACCGCCGUCACCAUGCCCAGCGUCGCACGACACACCAUGGCUACCCACGUGUCCAUCGGAUACAUCCGUAACACGUACAACCCUCCCGAGAGCAACGCCUCCAUCAUCCAUGACUUCAGCGAGGACGGCCGCCCUCAGGCCGCCUUCUUCCUAGGCACCGGUCGACGGGUCCUUUACAAAUAUGGCAAGUUGGCAAAGCUGUCAGAAGUCCUAUACGACAGCACGGCAGUGACCUUCGGCUACGACGAGACUGCUGGUGUUCUCAAGAUGGUCAACCUGCAGAGCGGUGGCUUCUCCUGCACCAUUCGCUACCGCAAAAUGGGACCGCUGAUCGACAAACAGAUCUACCGCUUCUCUGAGGAAGGCAUGGUCAACGCUCGUUUCGACUACACCUACCAUGACAACAGCUUCCGGAUCGCCAGCAUGAAACCCGUCAUCAGCGAGACGCCGCUACCCGUCGAUCUCUACCGCUACGAUGAGAUCUCUGGCAAAAUUGAGCACUUUGGCAAGUUUGGCGUCAUCUAUUACGACAUCAAUCAGAUCAUCACCACAGCCGUCAUGACGCUCAGCAAACACUUCGACACGCACGGCCGCAUCAAAGAGGUGCAGUACGAGAUCUUCCGCUCCCUCAUGUACUGGAUGACCGUGCAGUACGACAGCAUGGGACGCGUCAUCAAAAGGGAGCUGAAGAUCGGGCCGUAUGCUAACACCACACAGUACCGCUAUGAGUACGAUGGCGAUGGGCAGCUCAGUGGCGUCAAGGUGAACGACUGGUCCACGUGGCGCUAUAGCUACGACCUGAAUGGCAACCUGCACCUGCUGAACCCUGGCAACAGUGCCCGCCUGCUGCCCUUACGCUAUGACCUACGCGACCGCAUCACCCGUCUGGGCGACGUGCAGUAUCGCCUUGACGAGGACGGGUUCCUCAGUCAGCGUGGCUCUGACGUCUUUGACUACAACUCCAAAGGGCUGCUGAUGAGGGCCUACAGUCGGGCCCCCGGGGGCUGGAGCGUGCAGUACCGCUACGACGGGCUGGGCCGACGCGUCUCCAGCAAGUCUAGCUUAGGCCAGCACCUGCAGUUCUUCUACGCCGACCUGAACAACCCAGCCCGCGUCACACACGUGUUCAACCACUCCAGUUCGGAGAUCACCUCACUCUAUUAUGACCUGCAGGGCCACCUCUUCGCCAUGGAGGUGAGCAGCGGGGAGGAGUACUACAUUGCCUCGGAUAACACAGGCACGCCGCUAGCUGUCUUCAGCAGCAACGGGCAGAUGAUCAAGCAGCUGCAGUACACGGCGUACGGCGAGAUCUACCACGACUCUAACCCCGAGUUCCAGCUGGUGGUGGGCUUCCAUGGGGGGCUCUAUGACCCCCUUACAAAGCUGGUCCACUUCACCCAGCGGGACUAUGAUGUGCUGGCGGGCCGGUGGACCGCACCUGACUACACGCUCUGGCAGAAGAUUGGCAAGGAUCCAGCGCCCUUCAACCUGUAUGUGUUCAAGAACAACAAUCCACUUAGUGAUAUGCUGGACAUCAAGAACUACGUCACAGACGUGAAGAGCUGGCUGGUGAUGUUUGGCUUCCAGCUCAGCAACAUCAUCCCCGGAUUCCCCAAACACACCGUGUACUUUGUGGACCCGCCGUAUGAGCUGCUCGCCAGCCAGGAGUGCGAGAACGGACAGCUGAUCACCGGAGUUCAGCAGACGGCAGAGAGGCACAACCAGGCCUUCAUGGCCCUGGAGGGGCGGCUGCUGAAGAAGGGGCGCCGGGCCAAGCGGGACAAGCCAGGCCGCUGGUUCGGAACCAACGCCCCCAUCAUCGGGAGGGGAGUGAUGCUGGCCGUGAAGGAUGGACGCGUGGUGACCGGCGUCUCCAGCAUGGCCAGCGAGGACAGCCGCAAAGUGGCGCUGGUGCUCAACAACGCCGAGUACCUGGAGGGAGCGCACUACACGCAGGAUGGCCGCGACUGCCACUUCUUCACCAAGGUGGGCUCCCCGGACAGCGACCUGAUGGUGCUGGGGGUGAGCAACGGGCGCAAGAUGCUGGAGAGCGGCGUCAACGUGACGGUGAGCGGGCGAUCGCGGCGCGGCGCCACCGUGGAGUUCCGCGCAGGCUCCCUCCUGCUGAGCGUGCGCUACGGGCCGGCUGCGGACGUUGCGGACGAGGAACGCACGCGGGUGCUGGAGCAGGCCCGCCAGAGGGCGCUGUGGGGUGCGUGGGCGCGAGAGCAGCAGCGGGCGCGGGACGGGAAGGAGGGCGGCCGCCAGUGGACGGACGGCGAGCGGCAGCAGCUGCUCUCCACGGGGAAGGUGCAGGGCUACGACGGGUACUACGUGUUGCCCGUUGAGCAGUACCCAGAGCUAGCAGACAGCAGCACCAACAUCCAGUUCCUGCGACAGAACGAGAUGGGCAGGAGGUAACAGACCAGAGUGGCUCGAGGACUCUCUCCUGUCCCGCCCCCUCGGCCCCUCUCCUCUGUGUCCCCCUCUCCUACGGAGAAUAAAACCACAAAUGGGACAUCACAUGGAACACUGCAGGGACGUUUAAAACUUUAAAAGAAAAAUCCAUUUAAAAAGUAACUGCCAUAGGCAAAAAAUGAAAACUGAGACCUUUUCACAGCUGGAACUUGAAGAACAGACUUCAAAAACAAAGAGGAAAUUGUUGUUGCUUCAAUAAAAGCAUCCCCCUUUUUAAAAAAGAUUAUUUUCACCCAUAUUUUUUGGGUUGGGUAGUCAGAGUACGUCACAGGCAGGUGGCGGGAUGUUCCAGGACCUAUGAGCACGGGACCUGCGGGCGGCCGGAGGCCAGGCUGGCGCAAAGUAGGAAAGCAGUCAGAGACUCCAGGUUGCUACGAAGGAAAGGCAAACAAACGACGCACUAAUGAACACACACACGCACCCACACACACACAGUCUCAGGCAUCACGUCCGACGGGAGCGAACGGGAGCCGGUGCGACAGGCUCUGAGAACAGCGGCCUACGUGCAAUUUCGGUCAAAGAAAAUGAAAUUGAGAGCGUUUUUAAAAAGUAAACAAAAAAUUUUAAAAACGAUGGCUAUAUUUGCGGUAAAUAAUGUCAUACAUUGUUUUGUUUAAAGAAAUGAGAAAAAUGACAUUGUCAACAACACUGAUGUUCAGGGUGUACUUUAGAUGCGUAGUUUUGUAUGUUCCAGUCGCAGUAGAGUUGUAAGAUGUUCACAGGCACUUCUGUACAAAACGAUCAGAAAAAAAAAAACACUCAUAGAAUAAACUGGUC